CGGCGGCGCUCACCUACGCUCGGCCCGCAGAGCGGCGACGAUCUGGACCCCAAGUACGUGCUGAGCUCUCGGGUGCGCACGGGCCGCAGCAUCCGCGGCUUCUGCCUCCCCCCGCACUGCAGCCGCGGGGAGCGCCGCGCCAUCGAGAAGCUCGCGGUGGAAGCGCUGUCGAGCCUGGACGGCGACCUGGCCGGCAAGUACUACUCGCUCAAGAGCAUGACGGACGCGGAGCAGCAGCAGCUCAUCGAUGACCACUUCCUCUUCGACAAGCCCGUGUCUCCGCUGCUGCUGGCCUCGGGCAUGGCCCGGGACUGGCCCGACGCCCGUGGCAUCUGGCACAAUGACAACAAGACCUUCCUGGUGGGGAUCAAUGAGGAGGACCACCUGCGGGUCAUCUCCAUGCAGAAGGGGGGCAACAUGAAGGAGGUGUUCACCCGGUUCUGCAAUGGCCCUCCCCAGGUCAAGCCUGGGCCCCAACAAGAGCUGGCAUUAGUGUGUGUGUGUGGGGGGGGUCGGUUUCAGGGUCCUGGGGGCCCAGCUGGUCGCCUGCGGGGAGGGGUCUCUCCAAGCCUCGACGCUUAA